GUUGGGAUGAGCACUGGGUGUUGUAUGUAGGCAAUGAAUCAUGGGAAUCUACUCCCGAAGCCAAGAGCACACUGUAUACACUGUAUGUUAGCUAACUUGGCAAAUUAUAUUUUAAAAAUAAAAAUAAAAACGUUGUUGCUCAUUGCCUUAGUUUUUAGGUCACCUUAUAGGUUUUGCACUUUCCCCCAACUUUCCCCACCCAUCUCCUCAAACUGAGAGGUUUGAAGUCCUGAGGAUGGAUUUCCUGGGAAAUUCCAGACAAACCUAGGGGGUUAGCCACCCUACCUCGGUCUUCCCCCUUCCACUCACUCAGUGUCCUUUUUAUCCCUUUCAGUCUCUCCCUCUUCUGCAUUCUCCCCUCGUCUCAGACCUCAGCCUUUCAGUCUCAAUACCUACACCCCCCGCCCCCCUCGUUUUGUGCCUUAGUCUCCAUUCUCUGUUCCUCAGAUUCUUCCUUUAUUUUGUGCCUCAGUCUCAUCAUUGUCUCAAUUUUCCUUUUUUUCAUCAGACAUUCCCUGCAACAUACUACGGUAGUAGGAAUUUCCCCAACGCGAUUCCUUAGCAUUGUUUUUUUUAGCAUAAUUAACGGUUUUAUGACCCCUCUCCGCCCCCCCCCCCCCAUGAGCCCUUCCAUCACUUUUGCCCCUCUGUCCUACAGUGGAAUUCCCUCGUAUAGGGCGAAUCCCCCUGUAUAGGGCUGUACCAUUUACCAGCACUUUGAAGUAGAAUCCCUGCAAAAGGAUUCCACCGUUCCAAAUUCCUCUUUCCCCAGUUAGUCUUCAAAUAAAGGACUGCACUACUGCACCUUCUUCCCCGAUCCUUUAAAAGCUCUCGGCAAAACUUUGCCCCACACGGGUUUAUAUAAUCUUCCUUUCGGUCAUUUUACCCGUUCCCCUCGCCGCCGCAAAGACACGGUCCAAACUCAGGCUGGGAAUAAACCAAGUUCCUCCUCGUGUACGGAAUUGUCCGGGUUCUCAAGAUGGCGGCUUCCGCAGUGAGACACAGCGCAUGGGGGCGGACAUCUUGCCUCCUGAACAAAGCCGCAGAGAAUGCGGAGUGGGCAAAACCGCGCAGAAUAGCUCGGCGCAUGCUUGAGAGCCCUGCGCUGUGGUCACCCAGUCAGGAAGCGGGUGUUAAUCACGUUAAUCCAUGACAGCUGUCCCGGGUUAAACUGUGACGGACGUUUCCGGACCUGAUAAUCGAGCUGGGAGUAGAAGUGGGAUUUAUGGAUUGAGUCAUGAGGAAGUUUGGGGUUGAUAUUGGAGGGGCGGUCAGCAAUUGGAGGUCUAUGGAGUCUGAUGGGAAGUCUGUGGGAUGAGUGUUGGGUACAUGUAGAGGUCAGUAAUAAGGAGAGCUGUCUGAUCUGUGGGUCAGGGAUGGCAGGUCUGUGCGCUGUUGGAGUAUCCAUGUGACCAGUGAUUCGUGAACCUAUAUGGCUAGUCUUGUGUUGGGGGUUUGUUGGAAGUGCUCUUUGGGAUUUGUGAUUUCUGCCCCUGCUGGUUCAGUGAUUUGUAGGAGUCAUUAAUUCAGCCAGUGGCUGAUAAAGGUCCGUCCUGGUUUAAUGAGAAAACUUUACAAUUUAUGUAAAGUCCGAGGUGGCCCCCACCUUGAAGACCCUCCUCAGAUGUUUUCUCAAAUCACCAUCUCCCUCCAUCGCUCAAAAGCUCACAGAAGAAAACAUCCUUUGAAUGUUCAUUUUGACAAAGCCUGGAAUAACCCCAUAUGAAACAGUCUACCUAUCAUGGGAGCACUCACUUCCUGUGAAUGAGUACAGCCUUCUCUGGAUGAUCCAUCCUGGGACUGAGAAGAAUUCACCAGAUGGUAAAUGGCCCCUGGAGACUUAGUCUGUCUCUCAGUCCUGAUUUUUCAGACCUCUGCUCUUUUGGAAGAGAAGCAGAAAAUGACCAAGUCUCACGGUCCAUUGUCAUUUGAGGAUGUGGCUGUAGCUUUCACUAAGGAGGAGUGGCAGCAACUGGACCCUGCUCAGAGGACCCUGUAUAGAGAUGUGAUGCUGGAGAACUUCAGCCAUGUGAUCUCAUUGGGGCAUCCAGUUUCCAAACCAGAUGUCAUCUCCAAGUUGGAACAAGGAGAAGAGCCAUGGAUAAUAAAGAGAGAUGUAUCAGAUUGGAUCUAUCCAGAGAGGGAGACUAGACUUGACAACCCUCAAUUGGAUAUACGUGGAGAUGUUUCCUUCCAUAAGGAGGUAUUGGAAAGUGUAACAAGGGAUCCUUCACUAUACUCCAUUUUUAAGGUCUGGCAGGGUGAUGACCAGAUGGAGAGACAUCAGGAAAAUAAAGACAGACUUCUCAGGCAAUUCAUGGUCAUCAAAAACAAAACAGUUGUUGAAGAAUCAGGUUAUACAUAUAAGUCAUCAAGAAAAAUAUUUCAUGACUGCAUAGACCUAGAUGCUUCAGGACAAAGAUUGUAUAAAUGUGACUCAUUUGAAAAGAGCUUGAUACCUAAUAUAAACUUAUUCAGUUGUAAUAGGGGUUAUGCAAGAAAAAACACUGUUGAGAAUUUUAGAUGUAGGAGUACACCUAUUUCUUCCUAUUCUAAGCAUGAAAAAAUUCAUAAUGGAGUGAAACACUGUGAAGAUAGUCAAUGUGGAAAGAUUAUCAGCAAUAAACAGUCUCUUUUUCAAUAUGUGAAUGUUGAAACUGGAGAGAAGACCUGUAUAUGCAUUGAAUGUGGAAAAUCUUUUCUAAAAAAGUCACAACUCAUUAUACAUCAAAGAAUUCAUACUGGAGAGAAACCGUAUGAUUGUGGUGCAUGUGGGAAAGCCUUCAGUGAAAAGUCACAUCUCAUUGUACAUCAGAGAACUCAUACUGGGGAAAAACCUUACGAGUGUUCUGAAUGUGGAAAAGCUUUCUCUCAGAAAUCAUCCCUCGUUAUACAUCAGAGAGUUCAUUCUGGGGAAAAACCAUAUGAAUGUAGUGACUGUGGGAAAGCCUUCUCCCAGAAAUCACCUCUCAUUAUACAUCAGAGAAUACAUACUGGUGAAAAACCUUAUGAAUGUAAUCAGUGUGGGAAGGCGUUCUCCCAGAAGUCACAGCUGAUUAUACAUCAUAGAGCUCAUACUGGAGAGAAACCAUAUGAAUGUACUGAAUGUGGGAAAGCCUUCUGUGAGAAGUCCCACCUCAUUAUACAUAAAAGAAUUCACACUGGGGAGAAACCCUAUAGAUGCACUCAGUGUGAGGAAGCCUUCAGCAGAAAGUCAGAACUCAUUAUACAUCAGAUAAUUCAUACUGGGGAGAAACCUUAUGAAUGUACUGAAUGUGGGAAGACCUUCUCCCGGAAGUCACAGCUCAUCAUACAUCAGAGAACACAUACUGGAGAAAAACCAUAUAAAUGCAGUGAAUGUGGAAAAGCUUUCUGUCAGCAGUCACAUCUCAUUGGACAUCAGAGAAUUCACACAGGAGAAAAACCUUAUGUGUGCAGUGAAUGCGGGAAAGCCUUCUCUCAGAAGUCUCACCUCCCAGGGCAUCAGCGAAUUCAUACAGGAGAAAAACCUUACAUAUGUGCUGAAUGUGGAAAGGCAUUUUCCCAGAAGUCAGACCUUGUUGUACAUCGGAGAAUUCAUACUGGGGAGAAACCCUAUCAGUGUGCUAUGUGUGGGAAAGCCUUCAUCCAGAAGUCACAACUCACUGUACAUCAAAGAAUUCAUACAGUGGCAAAAUUGUAAGAAUGGACUAAGCACAGGAAAGUCUUCAGUAUCUGCUUAAGCCUUAAUAAAUACCACAAACUUACAGAUUUCAUGAGUUUGGGGGUAUCUUUACUGGUAAAAUUUAAGAAAUGAAAUAAAGUUUCUAAUAUGUUUAUUUUUUAAUCAAAGAUAAUACAAACAUCUCAGUUAUAUAAAUAAUGGGUAUUUUCACUACGGCACGUAAAUAAGACUUUUGAGAUUGUGAACUGAAUUAAUUACAAGUUAUACAAUCUAUUUUGAAGUUACAUAUUUGUGAUUAUGUUACAUAAUAAGAAUUGGACCAGUAGUAAUAUUAUUAAUGUUAGCUUAGCAUAAUUAUGGCUGUGAAAUAAAUCCCCAUAGAGCACAUGAAGAAAACUUGAGUCAAAAGAUGCCACAACCUAGAAACUGUGCUUGAGGGAAGGAUUUGAUUGUUCCUGUAAAGGUACAUGUAAAAAAAUAUAUAUAUUCUUGUAGAUAGAUGGAAAGAUAGAUUGAUAAGGUCCAAUAAAUGUGGUCUUUUGGUUU